AUGCCGCCACCUGUGCCGGAGAUUCCACCUCCCCACAUGCCGGAGCUGCCUUCUCCUCCUCCCCUACGUAGUAAGCGAUCUCCGCCGCCACCGCCACCGCCACCACCUGUGCCAGAACCGCCGCCUCCCCCCAUGCCGGAGUUGCCUUCUCCUCCUCCCAUACGUAGUAAGCGAACUCCGCCGCCACCGCCACCGCCACCACCUGUGCCAGAACCGCCGCCUCCCCACAUGCCGGAGUUGCCUUCUCCUCCUCCCCUACGUAGUAAGCGAACUCCGCCGCCACCGCCACCGCCGCCUCCCCCCAUGCUUGAUUUGCAUCCUCCUCCUCCCUUACGAAGUAAGCGAUCUCCGCCGCCACCGCCACCGCCACCACCUGUGCCAGAACCGCCGCCUCCCCUGAUGCCGGAGUUGCCUUCUCCUCCUCCCCUACGUAGUAAGCGAUCUCCGCCGCCACCGCCACCGCCACCACCUGUGCCAGAACCGCCGCCUUCUCCAAAUCCGCCAACUCCCCGGCUUCCGGAUUCAUUUCCUCCCCCCCCUCGGGGUAAACGGGUCUCACCUCCGCAACCACCGGUACAGUUACUGCCGCCGCCACCCUUGCGAAGCCCGUCGCCGCCGCCACCCUUGCGAAGCCCGUCGCCGCCGCCACCCUUGCGAAGCCCGUCGCCGCCGCCACCCUUGCGCAGUCCGCCUCCGCCACCCUUGCGCAGUCCGCCGCGUCCGCCACCCUUGCGCAGUCCACCGCGUUCACCACCCUUGCGCAGUCCGCCGCCGCCGCCACCCUUGCGCAGUCCGCCGCCGUCAUCUCCUCUCAUUCCAUCACCUCCGCCACCCUUGCGGAGUCCUCCGUCGCUGCCACCGCCUGUGAGUCCUCCGCCACCGACAUCCCCUCCGGCGCUGCCGCCCACUCAGCCCCCGUCGCAGCCUCUACACCCGUGGAUUCCACCACCGCCGCCGCCCCAGCUGCCUCCACCUUCCCUGCCACCAUCAGUGCAGCGUCUUCCUCCACCGCCGCAAGAUCAAAAACCCCCGCCACGCGCGCGGCGGCCGGUGCUCGAUCAGCCGCCUCCCGCAGACUAUGAGCCACCCAUCGCGCUGCCUACCAGGCCGCCUAGACCCAGCUGGCCGCCACCCAUGCUCUCCCCGCCAUAUGACUACACUCCACCCCCUUAUGAACAGGAGUCCAUAGAUGGGUAA